AUGCGCCCAGCGCAGGGACCCGCUGACGGCGGCGGCGGCGGCGGCGGCGGCGCCGGGACUGGGCCAGUGUUGACGCACACGUACAGCGGCAAGCUGCAUGCUUUUCUCAAGUCGCGCACCGGCCAAGCGCCUCCGCGCAUCGAGGCGUCCCCCGCGGAGGGCAAAGCCGCGCGCGCCAUGCGGAAGCAGAUAGAAGAGUUGGCGCGCGCUCAUGAGUCCGAAGCCAAGACCAACGCAGCAUCCUCAUCCAAGGACGUGGGGGAGGUGCGCGAAGCCGCGGAGGGGUUCCGCGACCUGAGCAAGGGGUCGGAGCGCGCGAUCCAGUUCCUCUGCGACGCAGGCGGGCUGAUCGCGCUGCUGCAGAUGCUGGGUCCCGGCGCGGACGAGGCCGCGACGGAGCAUGCGGUGCUGACGAUACUGAACCUGUCGCUGAGCAACAAGAGUAUCGCAAAUCGUUUCCUCGUGUCGGGAGCGUUGAUUAGCCUCUCUAGCGUGCUCACGCGGUCCCAUAACCCGUCGAUUCGCAGCAACACAGCAGCGGCGAUCACGGCGCUGGUUGCGCGGGGCGGGACCGCGCAAGUGCCGUCGCUGCACAAGCAGGGGACGGUGCGCGCGCUGCUGGAUCUCGCGGAGGAGUCGGGGGAAGGGUCGGACGGGCGGCACGACGCGCUGCGCGCGCUCGCGCGGCUGGCGGGGAGCGAGGCGGUUCGGGAGGAGAUGGUGGAGGAGGGCGGCGUGGAACUCGCGCUGCGAUUGGCUGUGAGCGGUGACGUGGACGUGUUGGAUGAGGUGGCGGCGCUGCUGGCGCAGCUGGGGCGCACGGGGAGCGGGCUCAGGCGCAUCUACUCGUUCCGCGCGCAGGGGAAGGGGGCGGGGGCGGGGGAGGGGGAGGAGGAAGCGCAGGGGGAAGGGCGCGGGGGAGGCGAUGAGGAGUGCCGCGCUGCUGUGGUGGCCGCGGAAGGCACGCUGCUGCCGCACCUGGAGGAGAUGGCGGGGGAUGACUCGUCUCAGCGGCUGCAAACCAAGGCCAAGGGACUUGCUAAUGCUCUCGGGCAUUCCUGA